CAAACAUCGAUAGUCUGACAAUAAAGACCUAUUAGUUCUCCAAACACAAGAAAUUUCUGCAUUAUCAGCCUAUCAAGAUGCCGAUUUGGGAAGAAGCUACUGCAGUACAGAAACUGUCCUCCAACACCUACUCAUGCACAUUACACGAUGAUUGGAGCAUCGGAAGCGUUCCUAAUGGUGGCUACGUUACAGGAUGCAUACUGGAGGUAGUCAAAACACAUUUCAGCACAACUUUGGCGAAGCAGAACCAGCCACAUACCAUAGCUCUCCACAUUGAGUUCCUGAGACGGACCCAAGCCGGGCCCGCAACAUACAAAGUCGACGAUGUUAAACUUGGUCGCCAAACGUCUAUCGUACAUGUGACCAUGGAGCAAGACGGCCGACAGGAAGUCGUCGCGUACGUCACAAAUUCCAAUAUGGAUACGGAAAAGGGCUUCACCCAAGAUGUCGGAUAUAAGCUUUCACCGCCCGUCCCGUCAGUCGACCUGACAAAGCUGGAAAAUGAUGAAGAUACAAACUGGAAGCUCCAACCAGAAUUGCCGCACGCCAACUUCAGAAAAGCGACGAAGAGGGUGAAGUUUUAUUUCCCUCGGGAAGGACGAAGCCUAAAGCAUCUCGCUGAUGAGUGGAUCUGCUUCUCUGAUGGGACAAACUUCACGGAUUCAUCGGUCGGCUUUGUCGCAGACAUGUUCCCGCUGAUGGUUGAGUCAAUCAAGGGCGAAGGAGAAGGACCCUUUUGGUAUCCAACACUCCUACUGAAUCUGGACAUCAAGAAAGCGCUGCCGCCGCAGGGAGUCAAGUGGCUGCAGGUUAGGGCGGGGAUGAAGAAGGUGGCGAACGGUAGGAUGGACUUGGAAGUGUGGGUGCACGAUGCUGAAGGCGAUCUGGUGGCUUUGAGCCAUCAUGUAGCAUUUGUGUUGGAUGCUAGUAGAAACACAGCCGCAAGGAAAACGGGCAAUGCGAAGAUAUAGGCCUUGGUCUCUUUCGUACAUAACCACCGGCAUUUGUAUACCUCGCACUUUUCAAAUAGCCGGCGCGUGUAAACACUGUCUUGCUGAAUCUCUCCGCUGC